AUGGAAAAUGAUAGCGCUGAUUCAGAUGACUAUUAUGAGAUUUGUAACGAAAAUUGGACACACGAUACAUUUGGAGAGCUAGAAUACACUCAGAGUUUAGAAAAAAAUAUAAGAAAACAAUUUAAUAAAAAAGAGUCAAAACAAAACGUAUUUUUUUGUUCUGAUAAAACACAAAUAAAUAAAUCUGAAGAUAAAAAAUUAAAUCAAAAUGAUAUGAAAGAAUCUGAUGAAAUUCAUGAAUUAAAGGAAAAUAUUGAUCCAAAAAAUUUGGAAUUGAAUAAUAUUAUUUAUGAAAAUGACAAAAAAAAAUUUAAGGCUCAAAUAUUAAAGGGUAUGAUAAGCAAAUCAAAUGACAAAAAUGACGAAGAAAUAUGUAUGCUUAAAGAUAUUUAUGAGGAGCUCGAAAAGGGGAAUAAAGACAAUAAUAAAAUUCAUAUGACAACUAGCCAAGGUGAAAAUGAUGAUGAAUCCAUUGAAAGAGAUAGCUGUUUCUAUGAUGAUGGAUCCCCUAAAAAACAUAAUAAAAGUUUUAUCAAAAAAGUAAAAUUACUUAAUAGUAAUAACGAAUCAGAUAAUAUGGAUUCACAUUCAAACAUAUUUAAUAUGAACGAUUCAGAUUUAUAUCCGUGGAACACUUUAGCUAAGAGUGGAGAUUAUAAUUAUGAAAAUUAUGAUAAUGAAGACAAUAAAUUAAAUACAACUAAUUCAAAAGAUAGCAUAUUUGAAAAUAAUAAAGAAGUGGAAUUGUAUCAAAAAAGAAAGAGCGCAAAUUUGUCGGGAAAAUAUAAAUUAAACCAAAUCAAAUUAAAUGAUCAAGAAAAUGACAUUGUAAACAUAUUAAAUGAUAAUUUAAAUGAUAAAAUUAUGUUUUAUUCCAGUAUUAAUGAAUCUAAUAAAAAAAUUAUUAGGAAGGAUUCAGAUUAUAAUUACAUUAAUGAAAGUAUAAAUAAAGAUACAAAUUAUAAUAUAAAUAAUAUUCCAAAUAAAUACAGUAAUAAUGCAUCUAUAGUUAAUUAUGAUACCAGUUUUUAUGAAAAAUUUUCAAGUUAUAAUAAGAGGAAUAUUAACUUGAACGAAAGUUAUAUGUUUAUGAAACGGGAUCAAACUAAUAGUCCCUAUAAUAAUUCACUUAGUAGUAGCAUAAGAAUAUUUAGCAACGAUGAAAUGACUAGUAAGAGCAAAGAUAACAUAAAAAUUUAUGAAAAAAAUAAAGCAAAUAAUUUUGAGCAUCAAUUAGAUUUAUCAAAUAACAAGAUUGGUUAUAAUUCCGAAAAGAUAGAUACCGUUUUAGACCAACAAGAUAAAAUUGAUAAUGAAUACACUAAAUCGGUAAAUAAUAAAAAAUAUAAUAAUUAUGAAAAAAAUUCAUGUAAAAGUAGUUAUGACAACGAUAGUACAUGUAUCCAAGUUGACUUAAAUGAUGAGGAAUCGUGGAAUGAAAUUAAUAAUGACGAUAAAAAAAAAAAAGACGUAAAAAAAGGUGAAAAAGUAAAAGAAACACCAAAAAAAAAAUAUAUAAUUCCAAAAAAGGGAAUAGUUACAAUAUUAAAAGACAAAAUUAUCAAACCAAAUAAAAGAAAAAUUAAUGAAAAUAGUUCUAAUAAAAAAAAGGAAAAAAAUCAACCUGUUAUUUUAGAAGAAUAUAAAAAUGAUACAAUAUUAAAAGAGCUAAAUGCUGAAUUAUGUAAUCAAAUUAAAAAACUUGAAAAUGAACAAGAUAAAGUAAAAAAGUUAGAAUAUCAAUUAAUUGCAAAAAGUGCUGAAAUAGAAUUGGAGAGAGAAGAAAUGCGAAACAAAAUGGAAGACGAAAAAAAAAAAAUGAUCAAAACUAUAGAUGAAGAAAAAAAAAAAUGGAUUAAGGAAAAAAAAAGGAUAGAAAACGAAGUAGAAAAACAACGUAGCAUUAUAAUGAAUAAAAGGAAACUCAAAAAUGAUGUAGCUAUUCUUAAAAAUAAAAUUAAAGAAUUAGAAGAAAAAAUAGAAACAGAUAAAAAACAACAUAAAUUUAUUGUAGAUAAUUUGAAAAAGAAAAUAGAACACAUAUCUAUUGAAAACGACAAAUUAAAAAUGGAGUUAAAAUUAUCAGAUGAAUAUAGAACUAAGAUGGAGAUAUAUCAGCAGAAUACCAUAAUGAAGCUAGCCACAACAGUUGCAAAGGAAAAAGAUAAAAAUGUCACCGAUAGAAAUAAUAAAGAAAAUGAUAUAAAUGAAAAAAACAUAUUAUACUCCGGAAAUGACUAUGUUCAAAAAGAUCGAUGUUCUAGUGAUUUAGAAAAUAAUAGAAAGAAAGAAAAAAACAGGGAAAAAGGUAAUGUGUCUAAAAUAAAAGGUAGUGAACAUAAAAAAAAAAGAGAAGAAAACGACAUUAGAAAAGUGUUAAACUAUUUAGACCAAAUUAAUGAUAGUGACAAAACAGAUAGCUCUGAAAACUCUAACGAAUUUAAAAAAAUAAUAAAUGAUCAAAAUAAAAAAAUCAUACAAAAUGAAUUAGACAUAAUGUAUGAAUAUACUAGUAAUGAUUCUGAAAAUUAUAAAAAUUGUUCAAACACAGAAGAUGGGUAUCACGAUAUAAAAUUGACAAAAAAAAAACUAUUGAAUAAUGAUAGAGAGGGAAAAGGAGGAAAACAAAAAAAUAAACAAAAAAUUACAUUGGAUAAACUAUUUAUUCACGAGGAAAAUAAAACAAAACAAAAUUUAGAUUCUAUAAAAAAGGAAGAAUAUAUAAAUAAAAAUUUACAAAAAAUGAAAUGCUUAAUUAAUAAAAAUAAAGAUAAAUUAAUAAAUGAUAAGAGACAAAUUCAAGAAGAUGAAAUGAGUCUUGCUGCUAGUGAGUAUUAUAAAAAUUUUAAAGACCGUUUUUUUGAAAAUUGUAAUGAUGAAAAAAAUGACAAUAAUUAUACAUUUUUAAAGGAUCAAGAAAUACAAAAAAAAUCAAUGCCUUAUAAUAAAACCUUACAACUAAAAACAGAAAAUAACUCGAAAUCAUCUAUCCCCAUUUCAAAUGAUAAUUCUGAUACCACAAAUUUAAGCACAUGUAAUAACUAUCUAAACAAUAUGAAUAAAAUCAACAGGGGAAAUAAAUCAUCAGAUAAUGCAAUAAAUUAUUUUCAAGGCCAAAACGAAAUGAAGAUAGAGAAAAAUAUAAAUAAAGGUGAAUAUACAAAUGAUUCAAAUGUGCAUAGUAGUGACACUAGUGUCUAUUUACCAAAUAAUAUAUAUCCAAAGCAUUUAGGGAAUGAAAGUAUGAGUUCAAGCAGUAAUAUGAAUAAAGAUAUAAGUAAACUUAAUAAUAAUAAUGAUAUUUUUUUUGAUAAGAAUAACUUAAAAUAUGAAAAUGAUUCUAAAAAUAAAGCACCUAAUAACAGCGAUCAUAACUUAAACCCUUUUGGUAAACACUGGAAUUUUAUAAUAAAUUUUAACUUUGAUGAAUUGUUUAAUAUUUGUGAAAAUGUUAUUGAAUCUAUCUUUUCAUCGUCAAAAAAAAUAAAAUAUAGACAAGCUUUUGUUGAUGGGAAAGUGGAAACAUUAUUUGAUGAUGGCUUAAAAAUUAUUGAAAAAAACAAAAAUAAAAAAAUCAUAGACCCUACUAAUAUAGUCAUCUAUCUUUAUCCGAGUAAAGAUUAUCGAGCCACCUUCCCUAAUUCGUAUACGCUAUUUCGAUUUGUCAAUAAAGGAAUAUAUCAAGUGAACAUACCUGGCAAAUGCCAAUUAAAUAAAUUUCCUAAUGGGCAAAUAGAUUGUAAAUACAAUGAUGGCCACGUGCAAAUACUAUUUUGUGAUGGACGGAAAAAGGAAAUUUUACCCAACAAGGAAGAAUAUGCCAUACUACGCAAUGGUGUUAUAAAAAGGUUGAAUUAG